CCCAAAUGCAUUCUCACCUGAAAGAGAAAGAAUCAUGAUUAAUAAAUCUCAUCUCAUUUCUCCAAAGUAUUUUAUUAUGAAAAUGGGACUGGCACCCUAAACUUCUGGGAGUAGUCAUUUGUGUGGCUGGGGGCAGUUGGCUUUGUGGUUGCUGGUGUGAUUUGGCCCCUUGUGGGGAAAACUAAGAGGGUUUGAGGAUGGCAGAAGGGGACACCUUGGUAUCAGUGGAUUACAAAAUUUUGAGGAAGGUGCAAGGGGUGGUUUUCCACAAGUACACUCAGGCUGAGGGUAAAAAGCUAGGAUUGGCAGGCUGGGUCCAGAAGACUGACCGGAGCACGGUGCAAGGACAAUUGCAAGGUCCUAUCUUUAAGGUGCAUCACAUGCAGGAAUGGCUUGAGACAACAGGAAGUCCCAAAUCGCACAUUGACAAAGCAAAUUUCAACCAUGAGAAAAAUCAUCUUGAAAUUUGAUUACUCUGAUUUUGAAAUUGU